GCCGUCCAGCUGUGCGUUACUCGCUGUAUAUAUAUUUAUUUUUACAUUUAAUUGGAUGUAACUUUUGAUUUGCCACAUUUCAGCAUUUAUAAAUGUACAGUGAAUGCGGUGAUAAAUGAAGAUGUUUCUGCUGCUGCUGUGUGUUCAGACCUCUCACAGCUCCCCAAUCUCCUCACCUGCUCAGGGCUUUCUGGAGCAGUAUGGAUACCUGUAUAAAGACAAUGAAACUUACCGUACAGCUGAAGUCAAGACUGCUAUCAGAGAGUUUCAGUGGUUGUCUUGGCUGCCUGUCACUGGACGUCUGGAUGCUGCGACUCUGGAAAAGAUGACAUCACCCCGCUGUGGGGUUACAGACGCCGGUAGCUUUGAUGCCUGGCAGGACAGAAUAAACGGCAUCUUUACGGGCAGACAUGGGCAGCAUCUCCGUAAGAAGCGUUACACUCAGUUGGGGGAGAAAUGGCAGAAGAAACAGCUGAGCUACCGCAUCAUGAACUGGCCCCGGAGCCUUUCUGCCGGUCAGGUGCGUCUGGCAGUGAGUGCAGCAUUCCAGCUGUGGAGUAAUGUGUCCGGACUACAAUUCCUGGAGCUCCAUCAGGGACCAGCAGACAUACGGCUGGCCUUCUAUGAGGGAGAACACAAUGAUGGGGCGGGGAACGCUUUUGAUGGACCAGGUGGAGCUCUGGCUCAUGCCUUUUUCCCAUUCCGCGGUGAAGCUCAUUUUGACAUGUCUGAACGCUGGACGCUGAGCGGUCAUAAAGGUCACAACCUAUUCCUGGUGAUGGCGCACGAGAUUGGCCACACUCUGGGUUUGGUGCAUUCGCCGGACCGUCAUGCUCUCAUGUCCCCCUACUAUAAGAAGAUGAGCUCCAAUGCUGUGCUCAGCUGGGACGACAUCACUGCCGUACAACAGCUCUAUGGUAAACCACCCGGGGAUACAGUGCAGCAGUUGGCGGGACGGGCUUUCAGAUGGACCAUACAGGACUGGCAGAUUUCUCAAGACCCCAGAGAAAGUUCCCUCACACCCAAUUACUGUCACGGUUUCUUUGACGCCAUCACCAUGGAUGAGAAUGGGGCGGUGCUGGUGUUUCAGGGCUGUCGUUUCUGGUCGGUGUGUAACGGCAGUGUGAGCGACCCACGUCCGCUUCAGACCCGCUGGCCACAGCUGUCUGUCACCAUUGAAGCUGCUGCUUUCAAUCCACUCGACAGAAAGCUAUACUUCUUUAAAGGACGUCGGAUGUGGCGUUACUCUGGCUCUAAUCUGGACCCUGGAUUCCCCAAGAGGAGCAGUGCAUUGGGUUUGCCUAAACACUUAGACUGUGCCUUCUUUUACCAGCCUCUGGGUCAACUGGUGCUCUUUAAAGGAUCCCGCUACUUCAUCCUGAACCCCUGGUCACUCAGCAUGGAGCUGUACUACCCUCGUCCUCUGAGGGACUGGAAGGGGGUCCCGCGGGGGGUAAACGGGGCCCUGACGAGGCCUGACGGGACGCUUUAUUUCUUUAAAGAGCAGCAGUAUUGGAGGUUAGACACUGGGAAGCUGCGCAUUACUGCGGCUGGACUGUGGGCAGAGAGCCUGCAGUGGAUCGGCUGCCAGAAAACUCCAUCAUUACAGGACAAUGAGCUGUGAUACGAAUAAUGCAUAAUAAUGAAGUCAGUUUUCUCUUAAAACAAGCUAAAUAAUCUGCUGAUGUGGUAGGCGAGAUCUAGGGAAAACAUCAUUACAGGACAAUGAGCUACUGUGACCACAAGAGGGAGACAAACUGCACUAUUUACAGUAUUAAAGGGAUCGUUCACACUAAAA